AUGUACACCAUAGCCGUGUUGGGGAACUUCACCAUCCUGUUCAUCAUUAAAAGGGAUCCGAGCCUUCAUGGGCCCAUGUUCUAUUUCCUCUGCAUGCUGGCUGUCACCGACCUGGUCACGUCCACAUCCACCCUACCCAAAAUGCUGAGCAUCUUUUGGUUCAAUUCCAGGGAGAUCAAUUUCAGUGCCUGCCUCGCCCAGAUGUAUUUCAUUCACUGCUUCUCAGCGAUGGAGUCUGGAAUCCUCGUGGCCAUGGCUUUUGAUCGCUAUGUGGCCAUCUGCCAUCCCCUGAGACAUUCCACCAUCCUGACAAACUCUGUUGUGGCCAAGAUAGGCCUGGCCGUGGUUCUGCGUAGUGGCAUACUCGCAUUACCCUAUCCCUUCCUGGCAAGGCAGUGGCCAUAUUGCAGAACCAACAUCAUCCCCCACUUUUGUUGUGGGCAUAUAGCUGUGGUGAAGCUGGCCUGUGCUGAUAUCCACAUCAGUAGUUACUAUGGCCUGUUUAAUCUUCUCUCUGUGAUUGGAAUGGAUGUGUUUAUUAUCGUUAUGUCUUAUACUCUGAUCCUCCGGGCUAUCUUCCGACUCCCCACAAAGGAUGCCCGGCUCAAGACUUUUAGGACCUGCAUCUCUCAUCUUUGUGCCAUCUUUGCUUUAUACAUCCCAGAUUUUUUUAACUCUUUCACGCAGCAGUUUGGCCAAAAUAUGCCAGUGCAUUUCCUCGUUCUCUUUGCCAGUGUGUAG